AUGCCAGCCCAGUGCUUCGGGCAUAGGGCCAGACGUGAGGAGGAGCACGACGAUCGGAAUCCGGAUCAACGAAUUGCGGCCGACGCCGCUUUGCCGGUUGGCAAAUUCACGUCCUUGGCGACCAUUUUGGCUUUGGAUGGUUUUCAGGCGCUGGUGGAUCUUUACUUCUAUUCGCGCUUGCUGUGGACCCUGUCUCCCGUCCUGUCGCGCCUUGCCGUGUUUGCCGCCACCUUCGGCACGCUCCUAACCCAGUGGCUGGGUCGAGAGUUGCCCGCAUUGUACUCUGCGGAGCGCGCCGCUGAUGGCAUGUUCAUCUAUGUGCUCACGCGGAUGCGGGAAAAUGCGGAAUCCAUUCUUUUCUUCGGCGGCGAAGGGCGCGAGGUCCAGCGGGCCGAGGGAGCCUUGCAGGAGCGGCAGGCGAGCGAGUGGAAGCGCCUGGCUGCCAAGGAUGUGGUGCAGCUGGUCCAGGAUCAAUAUCGACAGGCUUUGAGCCUGAGCCCCUCCUUGGUCUUGGUACAGGUCGCCGGUGUGGCACAGGAUGCGGCUCUUCUGAACCAGGCGAACGAGGCCUUUGACGCGGUGGUCAGGGCCCUGCUGCUGGUGGCCGACAAUUGCUCGGACUUCUCGCGGCUCAGCGCGGUGGCGCUGGAGCUGCACAGCUAUCACCUGGAGCAGCUGGAAGAUCCGGCGGAGACGUCGAGGAUUCGCAUCCAGGCCGUGGGGAAGCAGGAGCCGUGGCUGGAAGUGAAAGGCCUGACGCUGUGCCUGGCGGAUCGCACCUUGGUGAAGGAUUUGUGCUUCGAAGCUCCGGCGAGCGGGGGCUUGCUCAUCUCCGGGCCCAGCGGAGCGGGGAAGACCACGCUCCUGCGCGCCCUCGCGGGCUUGUGGCACAAAGGCACGGGGGAGAUCAAGCGUGAAAUGCGAGAAGGCCACGUCCUCUUCUUGCCGCAGAGGCCGUAUAUGAGCUUGGGCACCCUACGAGAGCAACUGCUGUAUCCAAACCCAAAGGUGGCAGCUGAUGAUGCCUAUCUACACGAGGCCCGGUUGGAAGGUGCUGCUGUCGGUGGGGCUGCAGGCGUGCUGCAGCGCCUGGCCGGCGACUUGGACGCGGUGCGGCGCUGGGACGAGCAGCUCAGCGUGGGGGAGCAGCAGCGCCUCAGCGUGGCGCGGCUUUUGGUGCAGCGCCCCAGCUACGCCUUGGUGGACGAG